AUCUUUCCAUUCAUUCAUAUUCAUUCACUUAAUCCUGUGACUAAUUCAACCAAUUUUUCCUAUUCUCCAAAAUAUUCUCGCUUCCCUGGAAAAUGAAGGAAUCCGUGGCAAACCCUUUGCACCUCAAGUCUUUGAACCAUGUCUCACUCGUUUGUCGAUCGGUUGAAGAGUCCAUUGAUUUCUACCAAAACGUUCUCGGUUUUUCCCCCAUAAGGAGGCCCGGUUCUUUCAACUUUGAUGGCGCAUGGCUGUUUGGCUAUGGAAUUGGAAUCCAUUUAUUGGAAUCAGAGGAUCCUGAGAGCCUGCCGAAGAAAAGUGAGAUCAAUCCAAAGGAUAAUCAUAUCUCUUUCCAGUGUGAGAGCAUGGGUGCGGUGGAGAAGAAGCUGAAGGAAAUGGGGAUUAAGUACGUGAGAUCGUUGGUGCAGGAAGGCGGAAUAGAUGUAGAACAGAUGUUUUUCCAUGACCCAGAUGGCUUCAUGAUCGAAAUAUGCGACUGCGAUAAUCUUCCGGUGGUUCCGCUUGUCGGCGAAAUGGCUCGGUCGUGUUCCAGGGCGAACCUCCAAUUAAUUCAGCAGCAGCAGGUACGAAUGGUGCAGCAGUGACGGAUAAACCCAUUGUAUCAUUCACAUAAUAAAAACCAUCAAGAGAGAACAAUCCGUUUGAUCUCUUUUAUUAUUAUUAUUACUAUGUCGUCCUCUUUUUUCUUAUUAAUUUUUUUUUUUAAUGUUGUGUUUCUAAGGUUUUUGUAAUAAGACAUCAUAAAAUGGAAUCCAUUUUGUUAAAUUUGAAGA